GUCUUACUUCAUGUACGUCGAGCUGAACGUGCACCUGCAGCUGCGCACUGGUCUGGACGGCAAGCGGCUCAUUCACUUGGUCUGCACCUUCUGGAAGUUUUUCUUCGGCGGUCUCCUUCGGACGCCGAGCUGCCGAGAGUGCGAGUUGAACUUCGAUCCGACUUGUCACGGCUACUUGGCGCACCGCAGGCGAGAGGACGCGAUGAUGGUCACUCGUUGUGUGGGGUAUGCUCUCAGACAGAAAGGCCUUCGCAGCGUCUCGGAAGUGCUGGAUAUGUCGAACGCUUUCGCUUGCACGCCACUCGAGUGGCUGGAUGAGGCAGUUGAGGAGCUGGCGGAGCCGGUGGACUGGGCCCUGCUGCACGACAGGAUUCAUCAUCACAUCGUGGAGGUAGAGGCGCGUGGCGAGGCGUUGCAUUUCGCCCUCGGACGCGGAGGUCUCAUGGGGACCUGUGAGGCGCCCAAGGAGUUCGCCGUGGCAUUUCGAAGACCCGUACAACAAUGGCCUGCUGAGUGUGCUGCUCAGGACGACCUCCUUCUAUUCAAGACACCUAUACUGGAGCUACCUAUCCCAUGUGCCGUGGUGCAGUUCGCUGACGAUUUGAAGAAACGCCACGUCAUCCUGUCUGGAUUGGCUACCGACGCACGCACAACCAUCGAGGAACGCCAGACGUUGCUAAUCACGGAGCUCGAGAAGGGGGGCUUCAAACAGAACAUGAAGAAGCGCGAGAUGGUGAUUGCAGCUCUCUGGGGACACCUGGAGGACGAGCCCUCGCCGAUCGACAUCGAAGGGAAGCUGACGGUGAGCACCAGCUCGUUCGCCAGGCAGUUUACCCGCGACCUCAUGCUGUUGGAGGGCAUCAGCGGCACGGAGGAUUUCUUCGAAGAAUGGGCGCUGGUCGGCAGGGCUUGGCAAGAGUUAUGGAGCUGCGAGGAGGAGACGGAGGAGCCUGAGGGGGAGUUCGUGUGCGACCUGACCGACUCGCAGGGCGCCGUUUGCGGCCUGUGUUUUGAUUCCUUGAAGAAGCUGGUCGCGCACAUGACGAAGGGGGCCACCGGGCAUGGGAGUUACAGGUCCCCUCUGAGAUUAUUUGUAAAAUGUGUGGGCUCGAGUUUGACAAUUUUCCUGAGUAUUACACACGCGCUCGAGAAGAACACUUGCCUCGCCCCGCGUCGCGCCUUGUGGAGCGCCAUCGUCUUCGCCACGCCCGCGCUGCUGGCGGCCGCGGGCGACAAGAAGGAUGGAGGCCAAGAGCCACGCCGCGUCAAGUCACACACGGAAGGAGGCAGCACGGACAAGAAGCUCAAAGGCGUCAGCGAUCAAGGGCUACGUCGGCUCCUGCUCGUGAUGGUCAAGCAGCUCCUGAAGGUGGCGCAGGGGAUGCGAGAACUCGGAGGAUGCCUAUUCGACACUUUUCUCUGCCCUGUGGAUGGGGCGGAGGCGCUGAAGAUGGCGGAGCAGGCCCACAACUACGCGGAGGCUGUGAAGCGCGACGGGAGGGGUCACCUGCACGGAGCCCCCUACAUCUGGGCGUUCGCGGGCUUGCUGGCGGGACUUCGAGAAAGAGGAGACGCAGUGGGCGCCCAGAACGCGAAGGGGAUCGUGGACAUGAUGGAGUGGCUCGACGCGCACGGCGUAGAGGACAAUAUGGAGAUGAUACGGAUGUGCCGUCUGGACAAGACGUACGACAAGGACAAGAAGCGGAUCACCUUUGUGCUGCGAGACGAGCGUUGGCGCCAGACGGUGAUUGCGUGCUGCGUUCAGGCGGGGAUGGAGCGCAAGCAGGGGAAGGCCCCAGCGUCGUUCAUGGAGAGGGAGCUCCAGGAGUACGUCGUGCAGCUG